UGCUGGUGGUUCCUGGGAGGAUGAAAGCUGGCCAUCCCAAAGUGAGGGAAGGAGCAUAUAGCUGUAUGGUCUUCAGAGCAGUCCAGCUCCCAGAGCGUGAGCCCAAAUCUCGGACCCGGUCGUGAAAGCCGCGGCCUCCGCCCCUUCCCCUUUUCCCCUGGUGAGUCUCCCCCUCCCCUCUCUCUUCUGGGCCGGCUCCACGGAAGGAUCGAACUGAAGUAAGCCCCAGGCUGGAGGCCGCGGUGGCGGUGGCGGAACUACGACAUCAGCAGCCGCUUAGCUUCGGCGAAGGCGAGCCGCGAGCAGGAGCCGGAGCCCGAGACCGCGAGCCAGACGAGGGCGGGGCCCGGAAUGAGCGAAGCCGCCUCCCGGGCGGGGCGUGUGAGGUGAAAAAGCCGUCCGUCCCCGCCUCGGGACCACUCAGGAGCCGGUGAGCACGAAGAGAGCAACACAAUGUCAGCGCCGGCGGCCAAAGUCAGCAAAAAGGAGCUCACCACCAACCACAAGGAAUCCCUUGAGACCUUGGAAAAAGAGCAACAAGAAGCGGUUGAACGGAUUGAUGAAGUGCAGAAUGAAAUAGACAAACUGAAUGAACAAGCCAGUGCGGAAAUUUUGAAAGUGGAACAAAACUAUAACCAGCUACGCCAGCCUUUCUUCCAGAAAAGGUCAGAGUGGAUCGCCAAGAUACCGGACUUCUGGGUGACCACCCUUGUCAGCCACCCGCAGCUGUCCUCGCUGCUAGGGGAGGAAGAUGAGGAAGCCCUGCAUCAUUUGACCAGGAUUGACGUGAUAGAGUUCGAAGACGUGAAAUCGGGUUACAGAAUAGAUUUUUAUUUUGAUGAAAACCCCUACUUUGAAAAUAAAGUGAUCUCCAAAGAGUUUCACCUUGAUGAAAGUGGGGAUCUGGCUUCAAAGUCAACCGACAUCCAGUGGAAAUCUGGGAAGGACUUGACCACGCGCCCUUGUCAGAUCCUGAAUAAAGGUGGCCGUAAGAGGCUUCGAGAAGAGCCUGACAGCUUUUUCACUUGGUUUACAGACCAUGCUGAUGCAGGGGCAGAUGAGUUAGGGGAGCUCAUCAAAGAUGAUAUCUGGUUAAAUCCCCUACAGUACUACCUGGUAUCGGAUAUUGAUCAUGAAGAAGGGGAAGGAGAAGGAAAUGGUGAUGAGAUAGUAGGUUUGGAGGACAGUGAUGGGGAUGAAGAGGACAGCGAAGAAGAUGAAGAAGAUGAUGAUGAUGAUGAAGGUGAUGACGAGGGAGAAGAAGGGAAGGAUGCAGGAGAAAAUGAGUAAUAGAACACUGUUGGAUUUCAAACCUCCUUUUACCUUUAAAUUUUUUCUCCAGUCCCUGGGA